AUGGCCGUUGCAACUCAGCUUGAUCCUUUAUCGCUAGAAACAGAUUUGAAGCUAGUUUCAGCACCGCAAACCCCAAUCUCAAGACAGUUUCCACGGGAUGCUUCCAUUGUGCUCAUCGGCUCCCGGGGCGUGGGGAAACGAACCCUCGGCUUCAUUGGAGCGACACACCUCGGCCGUCGUUUGAUCACAGAAGAUCACUAUUUCCAAGAAAUCACUGGUAUUUCAAGAGGUGAUUUCCUCCGGACUUACGGAAAUCGAGAGUUUUAUAAACGAAAUGUGGAGGUAUUGAAGCGGAUGCUUGAUCAACAUCGAUCAGGAUGCAUGAUCGAAUGUGGCAUGGGAAGUCUCUCGCAUCAAGCUCAAAAGGCACUCCGAGAGUAUUCGAAAACAAACCCCGUUAUCUAUGUCACCAGGGGUAGCCAGAGGAUUAGAUCCCUACUGAGACUUGGGGAUGAGGAAGCAGCCCGUCUAGCGGCUGUUGACCUCUCUCAUCGGACCUGUUCGAAUUUAGAGUAUUACAAUCUCUAUGAUCCUAGCUGUGAGGGAAUUGAUACACCACCAGAAAUUGGGCUUGGAAAUCAAUCCUCAAGGCUUAAGUAUGCCAAAGAAGACUUCUCAAACUUCCUUGACUUCUUGACUGGUCAAGGUCUAGCACGAAAUAGCCUCGAGAGUCCAUUUUCAAUCGCGGCGCUUCCACCAGAGGCAAGAUCUUACACCUAUGCGUUGUCACUGCGAUUAUCGACGAUUCCUGAUCUGGAUCUAGUGGAACUGGAAGCUGGAGCCGAUGCUGUUCAAUUGAAAGUCGAUACCUGGUCGUCCGACCUGAAGAAAAUGUUGGCAAAACAAGUUGCAACAAUCAGAAGGAAGCUUGGUGUUCCAAUCAUAUUCCAAGUGGAAGAGUAUGUCUUUGGUAAUUCGCCAUUAUCGUUGCCGGAGAAGGAGCAUGCUUACUUCCAACUCCUCGAAACCGGCAUGCGCCUUGGUGUUGAGUACAUCGUUGUUGACCUUGGGUAUUCACGCGAUAAUAUCUCUCAACUUGUCAAAUCCUCAGGGCGAACAAAAGUCAUCGGUCAUCAUUUGCUUCGAGACGAGAAGUCUUCCGGCUGGGACGACGAAUCCCCUAUGAUCCAGUACCGGCGAGCGAAAUCACUGGGUUGUGACAUGGUCCGUUUCGUUCGAGCAACCUCCAAACAAAGUGACAAUGACACUGUUCGAGGAUUUUUAGCCAAGAUCGAGUCGAUACCGGACCACUUGCCUGUCAUUGCAUACAAUCUUGGAGAUUACGGUAUGCCUUCACUAGUUUCCAAUCGGAUUUUCACCCCAGUCACCCAUCCGAUUAUGCAAGCUACAGUAAGUGUGAGCCAGAUUCGAAGGUUCCUCCCAACAGCAUCUGAGGCAAUGCAAAGUCUCUACCAGACUCGAAUACUCGCCCCUCUCCACUUUUACCAUCUUGGAGCCAGUGUUUUCUACAGUCUAUCACCAGCUAUGCACACUGCCGCGUACCAGGUGUGCGGAAUGAGUAAUGAUUUCCAAUCCUUGAAAGUCUCAUCUCUCGACGAUAUACAUCGGCUCUGUCAAGAUUCGAACUUUGGAGGCGCAGCCAUAACACAGCCAUUCAAGGUCCAGAUCCUAAGCCGCAUAGCAACCAAGAGCUACCACGCUAAAGCCACUGGAGCUGCAAACACUCUGCUACCCUUGCGUAUGCUUUCAAACAACAAUUCUCUAGAUGGAAGCCUCCAGUCACUUCUGCGGCAAGCGAACGAGCGAGGCAAGUCCGGUCCCAUAAUCGCAUACUACGGUGACAACACGGAUUUCUUGGGAAUCUUGACUUGUCUGAGGCGAAACAUCUCCCCGCGAAACGUCGUGCAGCCGUCAAAGACGACCGGGCUGGUCAUCGGAGCAGGAGGAAUGGCACGAGCAGCAGUCUACGCCAUGAUACAGCUGGGCUGCAGAAAGAUCUUCAUGUACAACCGGACCGUAGAACAUGCUCAAGAAGUCGCACGGCACUUCAACUCCUGGGCCGCAGGCCUCAGCAGCGACGGCGAGAUCGUCAAGGUGCUGAAAUCAACGUCGGAGGAAUGGCCUGCCGGUUUCACGCAACCGACAAUUAUCGUAUCGUGUGUGCCUGCGAACAGCGUAGCCGGUGAGCCUGCUGCAAACUUCGUCAUGCCGGUGCAGUGGCUUGGUAGUCCCACCGGUGGUGUUGUUGUAGAACUAGCAUAUAUGCCCCUCGACACCCCGCUGCUGAAACAAAUCCGGCGUUUCCGCGAAGAAGCAAAGCAAGCUUGGAUAAUCGUCGAUGGCUUGGAAGUUCUGCCUGAGCAAGCAAUUGCCCAGUUCGAGCUCAUGACGGGGAGGAAAGCUCCGAAGCGGAGAAUGAGACUUGAAGUACUGCGGAACUAUCACCGGUACGAAAAUUGA